AUGGCGACUGUGGAACACUGCCUGUACUGCUUCGAGGCGCUGGCUUCGCACCUGGACAAGCGGCGGGGUCUCUCCCUCAAGGAAAUCCAGCGCUCAUGGCCCGAGUACGCAAAGACCCUGUCGCCGGGCCUCGGUGACGGCAAGGAUACCUCCAAGAAGCUCCUCCCGGCCCUGCAGCGCCUCGCCGAACCCGCCAGCGACUCGGGCUCCGCCUCCUCCGGCUCCAGCCUCUCCCUGCCCGCCGAGACUCCCGAGACCUCCGUCGACUCCCUCGCCGAAGAUGAAGACGACGAUGACGACGACGACGACGAUGAUACCGUCACCGAGUUUCCCCUCUUCGUCACUUGGAACACCGUCUCGUCCCGCUCGGGCCACCGCUCGCUGCGGGGCUGCAUCGGCACCUUUGAGCCGCAGGAGCUCGAGGACGGCUUGUCCAGCUACAGCUUGACCUCCGCGCUGCACGACAUGCGCUUCCCGCCCGUUGAAACCUCGGAGCUUCCCUCGCUUGAGGUGGCCGUGACGCUGCUCACCGACUUCGAAGACUGUGAUGACCCUAUGGACUGGACUCUGGGUGUGCAUGGCUUGCGUAUCAGCUUCAUCUACCAUGGCAAGCGAUAUGGCGCGACGUAUCUUCCCGAUGUCGCUGUUGAGCAGGAGUGGACAAAGGAGGAGACGCUGGUGAGCCUCAUGCGCAAGGCCGGCUGGAUGGGCCGCAAGGACAAGUGGCAGGACGUCGAGCUCAAGGUGGUUCGAUAUCAGGGCAAAAAGGAAUCCUUGGAGUACCAGGAGUACAAGAAGUGGUACGACUGGGUCAAGAAGAACAAGGCAAAGUCCGGCUGA